UGUCCAUUGGAGAGGGUGACCCAAUUAUUGUAUUGCUUUGAUGAAGGUCAAUGCAGAGGCAUGUUUAAUAGAUGGCAGGUGUUAUGCUCAUUUACAAUCGUAUGCGAAUGACAGUUGUCAAAUUUGCAAUGCAACAGAAAACAGAAAUCAGUGGACGAGAGACUAUAGUAAAUGUAUGGUUGGAACUCAAUGUUUUUCUGAAGGAAGUUUCCGUAAAAACGACACAUAUUGCUGGAACUGCAAACCAAACAUCAACAAUGGCAACCUCACUUUGGAUGAUGAUCAUUGUCUUAUUGAUGGAAUGUGCUUUCAACAACUGGAAGCCGACCCAAGCAAUAAAUGCAACAUUUGCAAUGUCACAGAAAACACAAACUCUUGGUCUAUGCACAAUAACAUGUGUUUGGUUGGAAAUGACUGUUUUGAGAAUGGUGACUUUAAAGAGGGGGUCCCAUGUAUGAAUUGCAAGCCAGAAUCAAAUAAGAACUACCUUACCCUUGACCCCGGCUUUUGUUUCAUUGAUGGCGACUGUUAUGAAAAUGGAAAGAGUAAACUUGGAGAUCUCUGUGACAUGUGUGAUGUAUCAGUCAACAUCACUAGAUGGACAAGUAUAACAGGCUGUCAUAAACUACCAAACCAAGGCUUGGCACCUCAUGUGAUUGGCAUCAUCAUUGGUGUAGGAGUACUCCUGUUUAUCGCUGUCAUUAUUGUCAUCGUGGUAUCAAUUAAGUUUAAGAAACAAAGUAAAAUUGAUCCGAUGCACACUUCAAUGCCACACACAAAGCCAGAUGAGGGGUCUGACGGGGAUAGCCGUACAACGAAGGGAAUUGCAGAUGCAAGGCUGUAAAUGCAUAACACUGAUUAAAGACCAGCUUCGAUCUAAUUUCCUAAUUUAGGAGCCAUCCGAAUUUAGGACCAUAACCAUAUAUAGCAGUAUGUCAUAAGUGAUACAUAACUUAAAUUCUUUAUAUAAUAUGUUUCUACCUAUGUGCAUUCAUUCGCUUAGUAGUUAAAAUUUCGCACAAUGAAAAACAAAGCAAGUAUCAAAUUGUAUGGGAGCAUUGCAGCAACAGAUCCAGAAAGGAUCUCCGCAAUGAUGUUAACACUUGGCAUAUCUUGAUGAUAGAAUUUCAUCAUAUUACCAGGUCCAAGAAUUUUCAAAGAUUGAAAAUAACUAAUAUAAUUUCUGCAGAUCGUAAACAAUCUGUGCUGCUUGUUGUGUAAUUUCAAUUAAGAAAAAUAUAUUUGCUCACAUUUCUUACACGUA